CGCCCGUGGUCCUCCAAAUGUAAACGCUGUGGUCUCUCGUAAUAAUUAAUGGCAGUUCUAGAUUUAUAGUAUUGCUAUUGUCCGCAAGGCUCGAUCAGCUGAGACAGACACAAAAUCAGAAGAACGAUGCUGCGCUCGCUAAUUCAUCUUAACCAAAUUAGGGAGAAUAGCCUACUGUAAGUUUUAUUAUGGCGCUGGUGCGAAGCGGCUGGCUUCAAAGGCAAAGCACAAUUUUGCGGCGGUGGAAACGGAACUGGUUCGAUCUUUGGUCAGAUGGUAGUUUAGUCUUCUUCGAAGACUUGCGUCGACAAGAUGUGGAGGACAAGAUACACAUGGCACUGGAGUGCAUAGGCAUCUGCCUCGGGAGUCAGUGUCGAGGCUUUAAGCCUCCAGAUGGUAAGACGCAGGAGUCGUUGCUCCAGAUUGUCUCUGGGGAUGGCGCCAUAAAUAUCUGCGCAGAGAGUCCCGAUGAUGCAAAGGCCUGGGCGAAGGUCCUGGAGGAUGCCAGGGUAAACACGUUCUUGAGGUGUCCUCAGGCUGGGUUCGCUGAAGAUGGCUCCGCCUCCCCACCCCCCCCGUACUCCGAAUACCCCCUGGGCAUGCAGCUCUGGGAUUAUCAUCUUUACGGCGACUAUGGCCCACCACCACCCAAGGGGGCGCCAGUGAGGCACCACCAAGUCACCUGGUGUGCAGUAUCAGACGCAGAAGAGCAGAAGUGUCAGGAUCUGGCGAGCAACGUGGCCGCGAAGAACAUCCGCGGCAGGCUGCAGUGCGCGCGCGGCUUGGACAAUGUGGACUGCAUGCGGAAAAUUAAGAACGGGACAGCAGACGCUGCCACCAUGUCCGCGGACGACGUCUACACCGCCGGCUGGUGCCAUGGGCUGGAGCUGGCGGCCGGGGAGUCCUACAACGGCGAGGAUGGGGUGCGCUACUAUGUGGUGGCGCUGGCCAGACGCUCCUCCAGCGACCUGUCCCUGCUGGAGAUGCACGAGCGCAGCUCCUGUCACCCGGGUAUCCGUACCACGGUGGGCUGGACCGUGCCCAUCGGCUUCCUGGUCAACACUUCGCAGAUAAGCGUGGACGAGCAGUGCAACUUCCCCCAAGCGGUGGGGGAUUUCUUCGGCUACAGUUGCGUCCCGGGUGUGAAGGACCCCGAGCAUGACCCCCGGGGGAAGAAUCCCAAGAACCUGUGCGAAGCCUGCAUCGGUGACGACAACGACCGACACAUCUGUGUCAACAGCCCCCGGGAGAGGCAUUUUGGGGAGGCAGGGGCCCUGAGGUGCGUUGCAGAAAACCUUGGCGACGUUGCUUUCGUCAAGCACACGACAGUGUUUGACAACAUGCUUGGUAAGAAUCAGGAGUCGUGGGCUUUGGACCUGGAGCUGGAAGACCUAAAACUGCUGUGCCCCGAUGGCACGGAGGCAGCCCCAUCGGACCACCUGAGAUGCCACCUGGCUGCCGUCCCCGGCAAGGCCGUCGUGGUGCGACUGGAGGACAAGUGCCGGGUAUACAAGUUUCUGGAGCGCGUUCAGACUGCAUUCGCCAGCCCCCCACAGGGUUUCUCCCUGUUCAGCUCCUCGGCCUACGGCGGGAGGGACCUCAUGUUCAGCGACAGCACGCGGCGCCUGCUGCGGGUGCCGGGCGGCUACAGGUCAUGGCUGGGGCACAGCUACACCACCGUGCUGCAGGCCUUUGAGUGCGAAGGUCUGUGUUAAUGGGGGGCAGAAGUCACAUCGCUAGCCCCCGCCACACGCUGUUCCCCUCCUGUGCUUUAUAUCUGCGGUAGCCAAGCUUUCCUGUCAGUUCUCACGCCUGAUUUCGGACACCCCCCCCC